UGAUAGUCGCUUGUCAUGUGCCGGCUGACUCAGCGCGCUAGGGCGGCGAACCCCGUCAAUUGUAACUACUCCGUACUACUGCUACUUCUAUCGUUAUUGUUAUCUCCUUCCUCAGCAUCCUGAGUCGGCGGUGUAGAUCCGAUUGGAUUCCCCGGCUGCUGCAUGCGUUUCCCUUCCAUUCGUUUUUCAAUUUGAAAUUAUCCCCAACGCAAUCAUGUGGUCGCGGGCUGUCCCCUCGCGCCUCGUUCCCGCGGCAUUCUCUGCCAGUCGCAGAUCCUUUGCCAGUUCUCGACCGCGAUUGAACGUUUCCAACAAGCCCAGCUCGUUUGCAGAAGGUUUGGCACGGUACAAGCUCUUCGUGGGCCCUUUCUCCAAGGUUUUUCUAGGCGCUAUCUUCACCUACCAGGUUCUCUACUGGUCGUGGCUGAAGCUGGAAAUGGAUGAAUCCAAGCUCGAAAAGAAUCAAGAGGUUGCCGAGCUGGAAAAGAAGGCCAGGGAGCUGACCAGCUCGAAAAAUUAAAAGUGGUUUCUGACACUCGGUGGAAUCCUACACAAGUCCCCCUUGAUUGUAUUAUAUAUACCCAGCCCCGUUGCUUGUCCGUGUGGAAUUUCAAUCCCCUUUUCUCUUACAACUUCUUUAAUCAUUUUAAUUCUCGC